CGGCGCCGCGGGCCCGCUUGCAGAGCGCUGAUCGCCGCCUCCCCGUCCGCUCUCGAGCCGGCCCCAGCCAUGUCCAAGCCGCCACCUAAGCCGGCAAAGCCAGGGCAGGUUAAAGUAUUCAGGGCCCUCUAUACAUUUGAGCCCAGAACGCCAGAUGAACUGUACUUUGAAGAAGGAGAUAUAAUUUACAUCUCAGACAUGAGUGAUACAAAUUGGUGGAAAGGAACUUGCAAAGGGAGAACUGGACUAAUUCCAAGCAACUACGUGGCAGAGCAAGCUGAGUCUAUUGAUAACCCACUUCAUGAAGCUGCCAAACGUGGCAACCUAAGCUGGUUGAGAGAGUGUUUGGAUAAUCGAGUUGGGGUCAAUGGCUUAGACAAAGCUGGAAACACAGCUCUGUACUGGGCAUGCCAUGGAGGCCACAAAGAUAUAGUGGAUGUUCUGUUUACCCAGUCAAACCUAGAGUUAAACCAACAGAACAAAUUGGGAGACACAGCUUUGCAUGCUGCUGCAUGGAAAGGUUAUGCAGACAUUGUAGAGAUGCUGCUGGCAAAGGGGGCAAGAACAGAUCUGAAGAACAAUGAGAAGAAACUGGCUUUAGACAUGGCAACCAAUGCAGCUUGUGCUUCCCUGCUUAAGAAGAAACAGACUGCAGGUACAGUCCGAACAUUAAGUAAUGCAGAGGAAUACCUUGAUGAUGAAGACUCCGAUUAGCUUUUUUCAUUCAGCCUAAAGAACUAUUACUUGUGUUGCCUGUUUCAUUCCUAAAACAUAUCUUUACAAACAUAAAACUAUCUUACUUAGAGUAUUGCUGUCUUCCAGUAUAGCAUAUAAAUGAGAUGGUGAAAUCAUGCUUUCCAAAGGAACAAUCUUCAUGUGUGCUAGAAGAUGCCACAUUUUAAAUCAGAGUUCCUUUGGAAUUAUCUCACAGAGGAGGUGUGGCAUACCCUUAUCAUUCAAUGGGCAGAGGACCAUCUUCUAAACUCACAGGUCUCAUCUCAGGCUUUCUCAGCAAGUGCCUUGCAUCUCUGGAAUACACUCCACAAACUGAAAGGUCCUUCUCCAUCAGCAUGACACCAUUGCUAGCAUUUCCCAGAAUCUCCCUGGAUAUAGGCUCCCUUGUGCAGAUAAGAUAAUAAUAGCAGAAUCAGUGAAUCGGUACUGGCUGACAGGCAUGAAUGGAGAGGCUGUUGUAGAGAAUGACCAUCUUUUGCCUAGAUGGAGCCAGCAAGACAAGGUUUGAUUUUUUUUUUAAUUUUUUUUUUUUUAUUAUUAUUAUUUUCUCCUCCUCAUGCCUUCUUGUAUUCUCUAAGUAAGGGGUAGAAUGACAUGGGACAGUCUGCCCCUGGAUGCCUUUUGUCUUCUGUGUUGCUAUGGGCCCAAUCCCUGAAAUUUAAACUCAGGUGAAAUGCUUGCUGAAGUCAGUUUUGCUUGAGAAAUACAUUUAAUUUUGGACUUAGUGACUUGAUCAUUUUGCUUUUUGAAGUGCAUUAUGCUGAAACUAUUCAUAGUAAAAGUAAGACAGAAUAUUUUUCUAUUUAUCCUGCCUAAUGUUUUUUACUUAUCUCUUGCUUUUAUUUUUUUAAAGUGUUCUUAUAUUUUGUCCUAAAUUACCUCAAAGCUUAAGUGUGUUUGAAGGAAUGAGGGAAGAUGUAUAUCAAAUAUACCACAGGUAUUUUUAGAAGAGAGAUCUGACACUGAAUAAACAUUUACAAAUGUAUUUCUUCUUCCUGUGAAUUAAAGAGAACUAAAAAACAAAUUGAACCUUUUUCAAUCUUCCCUGCAGAGAGAAAAAAUAAGUACUUUCUUCAGAUUGCUCAAGUAGCUGCAGCCAAAUACUAGACCCUAGUGAGGGAUACUUCCUUAUUGUGAUAGUAUGAAAACGUGACAUGUAUCUGAUAUACAAUCUCAUCUUCAAUUUUUGUUGCUAACUUCCAUAUUAGCAGCUUUGAGAGGUUCAGUCCUGCACAGCAGUUUGUGAUGCUUAAAAGUAAAAAAAAAA